AAAAAAAAAAAGAGCCACCCGCGACGGGCAGAAAGUGAUCGGCCCCGCAGAGUUUGCGCGCGGCUCCCGGGGCUGCGAGCGGCCGCCGGGCCGGGCCGUGGCCGGUAGCCGCCGCCGGGGGGGCGGCGCGGAGCCGGGGGGCGGCGGCGGCCAGCAGCAGCAGCAGCAGGGCUGUCCUCUCCUCUGUGCCGCCUCCUCCGCCGCCGCCUCCUCCUCCUCCUCCUCGGCACCGUGUGUAUGCACAGCAACAAAAAAUACAUCCCCAGCCCAGCCCUCGCGCCGAGACUGGAGCAGCUCGCCGCAGCGCCGGGGCCGAAGCGAGCGCCGGCACCGCCGCGCCCAGGCAGGCAGCCCCCGCCGGCGGCCGCAGGCGCGCAGCAUGCCGCGCAGGAAGCAGCAGGCGCCGCGGCGCGCAGCAGCCUAUGUUUCAGACGAACUAAAAGCAGCAGCCCUGGUGGAAGAAGAUGUGGAAGCUGAUGAAAACACAGUUGAUGGGGAGCCUUCAGCAAAAUACGCAUGUCCAGAAAAAGACUUCAGUAAGAACUGCCAAAGCUACCAAAACUCUCCAGCAGCUGAAUUUUCUAGCCAUGAAAUGGACAGUGAGUCACAUAUCAGUGAGACAAGUGACCGCAUGGCAGACUUUGAGAGCAGCUCUAUUAAAAAUGAGGAAGAGAGCAAGGAGGUUUCAAUACCGCUUGAAGACUCUACUGUAUCUGAUAGUUUAGAACAAAUGAAAGCUGUAUAUAACAACUUCCUCUCCAAUUCCUACUGGUCCAAUCUCAAUUUGAAUCUUCACCAGCCAAUUUCGGAAAAAAACAAUGGUAGCAGCAGCAGUAGCAGCAGCAGCAGUAGCAGUUGUGGAAGUGGCAGCUUUGACUGGCACCAGACUGCUAUGGCAAAAACACUGCAGCAAGUUUCUCAGAGCAGAAUUCUCCCUGAACCAAGUCUUUUUAGCACAGUUCAAUUGUACAGACAAAGCAGUAAGCUUUAUGGCUCUAUAUUUACUGGAGCCAGUAAAUUCCGCUGUAAAGACUGCAGUGCUGCCUAUGAUACUUUAGUAGAAUUAACAGUGCACAUGAAUGAAACAGGACAUUAUCGAGAUGACAACCAUGAAACUGAUAACAAUAACCCUAAAAGAUGGUCUAAACCUCGUAAACGUUCUUUGCUUGAAAUGGAAGGGAAGGAAGAUGCCCAGAAAGUAUUAAAGUGUAUGUACUGUGGUCACUCAUUUGAAUCUCUUCAGGAUUUGAGUGUUCAUAUGAUCAAAACAAAACACUACCAAAAAGUGCCUCUGAAGGAGCCUGUUACACCUGUAGCAGCAAAAAUUAUCCCAGCUACUAGAAAGAAAGCAUCACUGGAACUUGAACUUCCAAGUUCUCCAGAUUCCACAGGUGGGACACCAAAAGCAACAAUCUCAGAUACCAACGAUGCGCUUCAGAAGAACUCUAAUCCUUAUAUUACGCCAAAUAAUCGUUACGGUCACCAGAAUGGUGCCAGCUAUGCCUGGCAUUUUGAGGCAAGGAAAUCUCAAAUUCUGAAGUGCAUGGAGUGUGGAAGUUCGCAUGACACGCUGCAGGAGCUCACUGCUCACAUGAUGGUGACAGGACAUUUUAUUAAAGUCACUAACUCGGCCAUGAAAAAGGGGAAGCCAAUUAUAGAAGCCCCAGCAACACCAACAAUAACGUCCUUAGUAGAUGAAAAAGUCCAAUCUGUGCCACUAGCUGCCACCACUUUUACAUCUCCAUCCAACACACCUUCUAGUGUUUCCCCCAAACUAAAUGUUGAAAUAAAAAAAGAAGUAGAUAAAGAAAGAGGCAUUGGUGAUGACAAAAUGAAAGACAAAGAAAAGUCAAGUGAAGAUGAGGAAAAGUACGAUAUCUCCUCAAAAUAUCAUUACUUGACUGAAAAUGACCUGGAAGAAAGCCCUAAAGGGGGACUAGAUAUAUUGAAGUCUUUAGAAAAUACAGUUACAUCAGCUAUAAACAAAGCCCAGAAUGGCACACCAAGCUGGGGUGGCUACCCUAGCAUUCAUGCUGCCUAUCAGCUGCCUAACAUGAUGAAGCUGUCAUUAGGUUCAUCUGGGAAGAGUACACCAUUAAAACCUAUGUUUGGGAACAAUGAAAUAGUAUCACCAACUAAAAACCAGCCUCUGGUGUCUCCACCAAGCAGUCAGACCUCACCUGUGCCAAAAACGAACUUUCAUGCCAUGGAAGAAUUGGUAAAGAAAGUCACUGAGAAGGUGGCUAAAGUGGAAGAAAAAAUGAAAGAACCAGAAGGAAAACUUUCUCCAAUGAAACGUGCAACACCCUCACCGUGCAGUAGUGAAGUCAGCGAACCCCUUAAAAUGGAUGCCUCCACUGAUGGUGGCUUUAAAAGCCAGCAGAACAGCCCAGUCCCUCAGAGAGAUGGUUGCAAGGAUAGUCCAACUGUAGAACCCGUGGAAAAUGGGAAAGAGCCUGUUAAGUCCAUUGUAAGUUCUUUAAGUAGCAGCACAGCUAUCAUUACUGAUCACCCUCCUGAACAGCCAUUUGUAAAUCCAUUAAGUGCACUGCAGUCUGUCAUGAAUAUUCAUCUUGGUAAGGCAGCGAAGCCAUCUUUGCCUGCCUUGGAUCCAAUGAGCAUGCUUUUUAAAAUGAGCAACAGUUUGGCAGAAAAGGCUGCAGUGGCCACCCCACCUCUACAGUCCAAAAAACCAGACCACUUAGACCGUUAUUUUUAUCAUGUCAACAAUGACCAACCCAUAGAUUUGACGAAAGGCAAGAGUGACAAAAGCUGCUCUUUGGGUUCAGCGCUUUUGUCAUCCACAUCGACAUCUUCUGCAUCUUCUUCAUCUACAGUGACAACAGCAAAGACAUCUGCAGUCGUGUCAUUCAUGUCAAACUCGCCGCUACGCGAGAAUGCCUUGUCAGAUAUAUCUGAUAUGCUGAAGAACCUGACAGAAAGUCACACAUCAAAAUCUUCCACACCUUCCAGCAUAUCUGAGAAAUCUGACAUUGAUGGUACCACAAUAGAGGAACCAGAAGAGAGUACGCCAGCUCAGAAAAGGAAGGGACGUCAGUCUAACUGGAACCCUCAGCACUUGCUCAUAUUGCAGGCCCAGUUUGCAGCUAGUUUACGGCAGACUUCAGAGGGAAAAUACAUCAUGUCAGACUUGAGCCCUCAAGAAAGAAUGCACAUUUCCAGGUUUACGGGACUUUCAAUGACCACAAUUAGCCACUGGCUAGCCAAUGUGAAAUACCAGCUUCGAAGGACGGGGGGAACUAAGUUCCUUAAAAAUUUGGACACUGGGCAUCCAGUGUUCUUUUGUAAUGACUGUGCUUCACAGAUCAGAACUCCUUCGACUUACAUCAGUCAUCUUGAAUCGCAUCUGGGUUUCAGGUUAAGAGACUUGUCCAAACUGUCCAGCGAACAGAUUAACAAUCAGAUAGCACAAGCAAAGUCACCGUCUGAAAAACUGGUGACGUCGUCUCCAGAGGAAGAUAUGGGAACUUCUUAUCAGUGCAAACUUUGUAACAGGACUUUUGCAAGCAAGCAUGCUGUUAAACUUCAUCUUAGCAAAACACAUGGGAAGUCACCAGAGGAUCAUCUUCUGUAUGUUUCGGAGUUAGAAAAGCAGUAGCAUUUGCUUUUGAUUAAAAUAACUGUAAUUUGCUUUGAGGAAAACUGUCAAAGACGCCUUAAAGCUACUGUUUAGUUCUUGGCACAUGUUCUUAUUUUAACUCCAGAGUCGCUCUGGGCUGAACUGUUUUGUAUAACUGUACAGUGUUUAAAUAGAGGUGCAUAAUCAGCUGUUGUUACUGGUAAAAUAUGAAGGUUAAAAUGCAGUGGUAAGUGUUUGGAACUUUGUGUAAAUUGGAUUUAGUUGCUGUGCAUCCCUCUGAUGCAUCAAGCUGCAUGCAUUAACAGACAGUUUAAUUAAGCAUUUAUAACUAAUUCUGGUGCACUUUUUUCAUGUGACCUAAGUGUGCUGGUAUUUCUCACCCUCUAAUCUUUAGCCCUCUGAGUACUUUGAAGCACUUUUGCAUUAAUUUGGUAAAAAUGUAUGAAUAUGUUUUUUUUAAACCCUUACCAGCUUAGUUCUGAUUACUGAUAUGAACCUCCAUUUAUGCAGAGGUGUCUCACACCUUGAAAUUUAAAAAUAUAAUUUUCACAUUGAAACAUAGAUGUAUAUAUUGUAUAGAUUUCAAAAUCUCUUAUGGAAAGUGUGAUUGUGGUUAAUGCCAUUUUCUUUUUCUUCAGCAUUUUUAGCAACAGUGUUUUUUGUACCUGAUAAGCCCCAGGUAUGAACUGUACCUAUAUAUAGUGUAUAUUUCAUUUUUUAGACCUAACGGUUUUUCUUUUAACAUCCAAACAUUGUAAAUUAUAUGAAAGAUACCACAGAUAGCAUUUAUAAAGUAUUCAGAAGCAUUAUUCUUAAAGCAAAGUAUGUUUUGUUUUGUUUUGCUAUACAGUACAUCUAUAUUAAUAGAGGUUCAUGUUUAAAUUAUACAUAUUUAUUAGUGUUGCUAUCAUUUGUUUUUUUAAACCGUCUGAAGACACAGAAGCCACGGACUGCAUUCCUGGCAUGCAUUAUAACUGUUUUGCACAACGUGACUUUUAAAGGUAUUUAUUAGUAAAAAAAUAAAAAUAAAAUAAAAAGAGAAAUUCAAAAUAAACUCAGUGCUCAAAGGGUUAAAUCUAUUUGAAAAACUUGUACUGUAUUUCCUAAACAUUGAUAAAGCCUUUAAAAUGUUUGUACUGUAAUACUUUGCUUAAAAGUUAUGAGGCAUUCUGUGAUAUAACCUCUUUUACUUAUUUAUAAGCGCUCUUGGUUGUUAUUUCCUAUUGUAGAAUGCCUUUUCCUUUCGAUUGGUAACUUUCUGUUUUGUUCUGCCUAAUUAUUCUCCCAAGAUUCCAUACUGCAGCUUUAUCUUUAGGCAUAUGAAAGGUAACCCGUGGUUACCAGCACACUAAGUGAUUCUGUUCGUCUCCAUUUUUGGCAGUUAAUUUGCAGAAGUAACUGACAGCUGACACCAUAUGAGAAUCUAUGUAUAAAAUAUUGGCAUGUAAACAGCACAGACACUGUAAUGCACUCUGUGCCCUGUUUUGUUGUUGACAAUGAAGCACCAUUAUAUGACUCUUCAUAUAACCUUUUUUUCUACAGCAGCAUUAAAAUUGUCUUUUUGCUAUAAUUUUGUGUUGCGUUCACAAUUAUGUCUGAAAUGUGCUACGACUAACGAGCACAUUAAAAUUAAAUUGUAUGCUAUCUGUUUAUGACUGAAGCUUGAGUAGGUUUCUUCAUCUGCCAGGUGCUGGCAGUCAAAAGCUGCACAUAAAUCACUGGAAUUUUAGUGAACUUUAGCAUUUAAAGAGCAGGGUAGCACUUAUUCAAAGGCUGCAUUAACAAAAUUUUUCCCCCAGAAAAGAUAAAUGAAUGCUAUAACUCCCUUUUAAACAUCAAGUAAGACUGACUGUGAAGAAGGGGUUUAUAAGCAACAUGUGUGGCAAAGCAAAUAGCUGUUUUUGCUGCACUGUGUAUUCAGACCCAGUCAGACACUGGUACUUACAGGUAUUCCCCCGAAUGUACCGAGCAGCGGCUGCAAGUUGCACUGGUGGUACUUCACGGAUUAGAGAUCCCUCUUCUCCUGCCUAGGAUGUUCAAUGACAGGAGUAGAAACCUGAGACUGACAACUAAAACUUUGUGAUUGCAAAGUGAAUCCUCUUCUGGCCAGGCCUGCUGUUGCACAACAUUCAGAGCAGAUAGCAAGAGAGGACAAGAAGAUGAAUAAACACAUACCAAACAAACGCAAAGAAGCAGGAGCAUUUAUAUGAUAAUGACAGACUUUUACUGGUGUUGACAGGUCAUCCCAUCAAAACCACUGAAAACAAUUUACAUCUACAAAGCACCUAUAUUCCUAUGCAUGUAAAUAAUGUCUUUUGCCAGUCAGGUGAACUUGGAGUCUAAAAUGGUUACACGGGAACCAAAACCACCAUUAUAGCACUUAAGAAUCAUGUCUCAAGUAAUAACUAGCAUCUGAAUGUCUGAUGUACAUAGUUUUGUUUCUUUUUAAAAUUCACUGUCUUCCAAAAAGCAAAUAAUUAAAUCUUUUUGUUCUUUUUCUUUUAUUCUUUCUUUCACUCUUUAUUCUGCAACUGUAAAGGCCAGUACCGUGUCUUCUAAAAUGUUACUGACUGUUCUGUUUAUUUGAUAAAGAAUACUGCCAAGCAGGCCUAGUGAAUGGGAUUAAUAAUUAGGGCUCUGGGGUCUUUCUUCCUCUUUUUGCUCACAGUCCUCUUGGCUUUUAAGACCUUUUGUGUGUCAGUGUUUAUGGCCUCAGCUCAAAUUCCAGGGAUAAAAUUGCAGCAUACAGUUUUGCUGGUUGACUAUGUGAGCUCAGUAGUAUCCUUCACCCAUUUAGGAAAGGCAACCUUGCUAGCUGAAGUCUUUCGUGAAGCUUGCCGUGUUGGAUGCUUACAUUUUCUUACAAAUAGAGGAUCUCAAUCUAAAUGCAGCCAAACUUUUUACCUCUGAGGCAGAGAAUUCCAUCUUUGAAAAUUAUAACAAUUUAAAAAUUUAAAAUGGGUUUCAAAAUAGAAAAUCACGCAUAGGAGGACUGGUAGAUUAUUUCAUAUAUUGGUAACCCAUAUAUUUUUUGGAUGCACCACUGACUUAUAAUGGUAAUCCUAAAAGCUCUGUACAAAAUACUGUUACCUGGAAUUAGGGAGGGAGUAAAAACAAGAGACUUUGCAGACUUUUGCAGUGUUCCUUCUCCUUAUUUUAAAAAUGUAGAUGGAGAGGCGAUGAUUGCAAACACCAAAUACCACUGAUGAAACCACAUCUCAUCUGAUAAAAGUCAGUUCCUGGGUCUAAAUGUGCAGUGAAGAGAUGUACCUGGUAAAAAUGCAGAGAGCAACCACAUCUAUUAGUGUGCACCACAAAUGACUUUUUAAUGUUUUUAAAAUAUGUCUGAAACUUUGCAAAUGAAUGGCUAGUCAGGAUCUGCAUAUCCCAAAAUUAUUAAAAUAAAGUUCAGCUUGCAUUUGAGAACCUCCAGGACUGGCAUACCAAUGUGAUUUCACAUUAUAAAGAAUUUAGAGACUCAAUGAACUAGAAUAAUGUCCUUUUCAUCCAUACACUGAUACUUAUAUUGGCAUGGUAACUAUUAGUGCUAACCAAAUCACCAACCUAGCUAUGUUAGGAUAAUUUUUUCCUAUUAGACAUGAAGAUAUAAAUGCAGGAUGUUAAAAUGUGCAUUUGAGUCUGCAAUUUUGCUUUGCAUUUGAUAUUUUGUUUAGAAAUAUGCAGAUCAAGUGAGAAAACAAAAUGCCUCAAGAAAGAGUUUAAAAAUGAAAUUGUGAUGGGGUGGGAAGAGCUUUAAAUCACAGGUGUAUAAAGGUGACCCUGGUCUAACCCCACCCAAGUAGUGGCUUGUUGCAGCAUACUGUAUAUCUUCCAGCCAUCACAUUUACGCAGUAUCUUAAAAUAACAUUUGUGAUAAAUGUGCAAUUUAACUAAUUUAUGGUGCUAUGAUGUGCUCAGGGCUACAUGCAAGAUGAAAAUCUUAAAUGGAGCUUGAACAGCUCACUUCACAACAAGAAAUCAAUAUGCCAGAUCUUAGAGAGCUGUUCACUGGAGUCAACAUUUAGCAAAAAAAAAAAAAAAAGACAGAAAAAACAAAAAACUCAGUGUAUCUUUAAGUUUUAGUGAGUAAGAAAGCUAUAAUUAACUGAAAUAUGACUUUUAAGCUAGUGUAAGGAACUGUCUCUGAAACCUAAAUCUUUCUAGAAUCUUCAUUAUGUUUUAUUUUUAUAUAAAAAUUGAAAGUAUAUUGUUUUAAUUAUACAGUUGCUUUCAUGGUAAACACUAUGUGCAAUUUUUUUUAUCCAAACCAAGAGAGAUUAGUGUUAUGGGAAUUAUCUGAUGCACUUUAGUAUGGCUAUGUAUCUUGGUAUUUAAGGUAGAGACAGAUAUGACUCUACAUUUUAAAAUGGCAAAAAAUUAGGCUAUACUUUGAAAUUUUUUAAAAAUAUUGGCAUGUAUAGAAGAAAAGAACCUUCCUUAAUUUUGCAAGUUCUUAUUUCAGCUGCCACAGAAAAAUGAAGUAACUGUGUGGUACAAGUGGAACAGAGUGACUGGUAAUAAAGCUAAAUUUAAUAAAUUUUGUAUUUUAAAAUA